UUCAUUACGACGCUGUUACUGCUUCAAACUGUUUCAAAUAUCAGGAGCGGACGCACACAAUGGAGCAGAUUGCAAGAGACGCAGAGUGCUGAAAGUUUAACCCCACUGGGUGACUUCUUCCUGAAGCGAGGACGCAGCCGCACAUUGGAAGGCACAGGACUCUGGGUACUAGAAGACUAGAACUUGAAGUCGAGACACAGCCUGGCUUCGAGACCAACUAGCUAUUCUGAAAGUCCACCAUCGCUUUAAGUCUGGCCUCCAAACAGGUUUUAUUUCAGGUCGUCAUGCCUCCCACGACCCCAUAUGCUGGAAAGUUCAGCUCUUGUGGUCCUUACAGCAGCAGCAGCAGCAGUAGCAGCAAUAAUAAUCACCCACAGCCUCACAGCCCGUAUCAUAACUACAUGGCCACAAAGCCCACAAAGGAACAGUUCUACAACAGCGCUUACUGUGUGUCAGAAAAUCCCUACGACAAGCCACAGCCUCACACUUCAUAUCGCAGCUCUUCUGUUGAAGCCAUGAGCACGAAGGAGCAUUAUUACAACAGCAACUGUGCGGUUUCAGAGAACUCGUACUCCGUACCGCAGCCUCACAGCCCUCGACAGCACAGCACUUCCUGUCCGGGACGCUCUUACCGCGACACCAGCAGUAGCAUCGAGCAGCCGUGCCGUAACAGUGCCGCUGCAACCAGAGGCAACUUUUAUGGAUGCGGCAUCACUACCAGCUACGGGGAGAUGUGUUACCACAACAACAGUUUGGUCUCAGCAUCCCUGGAGGCGCUGAUCCAGCACCUGGUUCCCACAGUCGAUUACUACCCUGAUAGGUCAUAUGUGUUCACCUUCCUGCUGAGUUCACGCCUUUUUCUGCCCCCGUACGAACUGAUGAUGAGGGUUUGUCACCUGUGUGUGGAGCAGCAGCGGUCUGGAGACACCCUGCUGGACAAGAUCCGCAUUCGUGAAGUGGCUCCUAAACUGGUGCAGCUGCUGACCGAGUGGACAGAAACGUUUCCUUAUGACUUCAGGGAUGAGAGGAUGAUGCGUUGUCUCAAGGACAUGACAUACCAUGUGGCUCGAGGCGAUGAGUACUCGUGGCGAGCCAUGCAGCAGAUGACCCAGCGGCUGAUAAAACGCCUGUCAGCCCUCGGACAGUACGAGGAGGCGGUGGCAGCUCUCAGUGCUGUGGCGAUGGAACGUCCUACAUCCCUGAAAAGCAAACAGACAUCGGCACAGAGGAUGGACAUACUGAGCGUGUGUGACGACCCAUUCAUCCUCGCUCAGCAGCUCACACACAUCGAACUGGACAGGCUGAGUUUUAUUGGUCCUGAGGAGUUCAUCCAGACAUUCGCCAAGAAGGAUCCUCUUGAUAACCACAAGGGAUUCUUCCGGAAGCGUAAAACCAGUAAUCUGGAAGCCUACAUCAACUGGUUCAACAGACUGACGUACCUGGUGGCUACUGAGAUCUGUAUGCCAGUGAAGAAGAAACAUCGAGCGCGGAUCAUCGAGUUUUUCAUCGAUGUGGCUCAGGAGUGUUUCAACAUCGGCAACUUUAAUUCCCUCAUGGCCAUAAUCACUGGGAUGAACAUGAGUCCUGUUGCCAGACUAAAGAAGACCUGGAAUAAAGUCAACACUGACAAGUUUGAGAUCUUGGAGCAUCAGAUGGACCCGUCCAGUAACUUCAGUAACUAUCGCACUGCACUCCGUGGCGCCACCCAGAGGUCUGAGAUGGCUCAUAGCAGCCAAGAAAAGAUAGUGAUUCCUUUCUUCAGCCUCCUCAUAAAGGACAUCUACUUCCUGAACGAAGGCUGCUCGAGCCGACUGCCUAAUGGACACAUUAACUUUGAGAAACUAUGGGAGCUAGCUAAACAGGUGAGCGAAUUCCUGGUUUGGCGUCAGGUGAUUUGUCCUUUCGACAGGGACCGCCGGAUCCUCCAGUAUCUCGUCACUACACCCGUCUUCAGCGAAGAUGAGCUGCAUCUGGCCUCAUAUGAGAGCGAAGGACCUGAGAACAACCUGGAAAAAGACAGUCGUCGGUCUCUUAGAACUUCACUCCUGCAUCGAGAGAAUCGGUCCUAAGAGGAAGACGGUCAUCUCUGUGCUCCACGGCGUCAGUGAACAAGCAAUUUUAAGGAGGUGUGGACGUGCAUUAACGUUCCUGUAGUAAAAUCUGGAGUCAACUCCAAACUUUUACACUUAUGAAUCGCACUGUAUAAAUCAGAGAACAUUCCUUGAUGAAGCUGCCAAAGCCUUUAUUCCCUCUGCCUUGUGAGUCUGCAUGGACUUCUUGAGAUUUUUUUUUCAUACAUAAUCCCCAAAAGCAAACGUCUCACUGACCUGUGACUUCAGAUGCGCCUUCAGUUGUUGGUGGAUGAAUUUUGUUUUUGUUUAUCCGCAUCGUGGUGACGCCUGCGGCCUGCACAGACCAGCAACAUACGUGCUUCUUUUCCUCAUUUAUUCUGGAUGAGCUCAGCAAAAAAAAAACAACCCCGAACACUUGACUAAUAGUCUGUUUGCUUAUAAACGCAGAGCUAAAAAAAUGCUCUUUAAAACAGUUCUUUGCUGUAUUGUCUUAUAAAAAAAAAUAUUUUUACAACAUCCUAAUUAUUUUUCCUUUUCCUGAAAAAGAAAAAAAAAAUCAAAAACUGAGAGCUGUAUUCAAUCAUAAAUGGAUGUAGCUGUGACUGCGAUGAGUUUCUUCUGCUUUUAAGGUUUUGUGUUGCGCGCAUAUUGGUGAAGCUAAUUCUGUAAAUUUAAUGAAUUGUAUCAGUGGCUGUUUGUUUUGUAUUACAGGAUUUGUUGACUCCUUUCUACACAGUAUUAAGUCGUAUUUUGUACCAGAAGCUAAAAUAAAUAUGUGGCUUUGAGGUGUCACACUGAGCUUGUUGCUGAUUGGCUCGCUCUACGUUGUAAAAUGUAAGAUAUAUAUUUUUUCUUUUUAAACGCAUCGCUGGUUCAUCUUAUGACAAGUGUUUUUGUAUGAUUGAAGCUAAAUGAAAUAUUUGGUGUAUGAUCUUAAACAUACAUGGGGGUGUUGUUCUGACACUUAGCCUAAAUUUAGACCAGAUAAAGGCUUAACUAAGCCACAGAUGGAGCUCAGUUAAACCAGACAUCUGAUGAAAUAACUUCAACAACUUUGCUGAUUAUUGAUCAUAAAAAUUGACAAAUUCCACAAAAGAGAGCAUUUUAGGAUUACAUUUUAUUGACUUGGAAUUGUGUUCUGCUUUUUUAUAAGAACUCUGGCUGUGUUUCCUAUACUUUAAAUUCAUCUGUUGGACUUUUAAACAAACAUUAAGUGCAUCUGGUUUAAAUUGAACCACAGCUACAGUGACCUCUAGUGGGUUAUUUAUAGAAAAUAAAUUAACACUAAUUGUAUUUAAACCACAGUUUCUGAAUUAUUUUUAAGAACUUGCAUUUUUACACAGGUUUUUAAGACUUUGUGUGAUAACGGUUUUAAACUGGAUUUAGAUCUUAAUCUACACCUUCUGGAUUAUGUACUAAUAUAAGCAACAGGUUGGUCAUUCUUAGUGAUGUCUCACAGCAGCCUAUACUCAAUAUUCUUGAAAUGGAGCAAUAUCUCCACCUGGUGGACAUUUACUGAUAAUGUGGGUACAAUAAAGUUUCACCAAGGGCUAUAGUUUUUAACAAUUUGUGUGAUAACAGGUUUAAACUCUAUUUAGGCCUUAAUCCACAUCUUCUGGAUUAUUUUUUAAGAAUUUAGGUGAUAACAUGUUUAAACCCCAUUUAAAACACAGCUAAGUGACAGAGUGAUGUGAUCUUCCCACUUUGAGUGUUAUUCUUUAAAAUCUGUAUGUGGAUGAAUUUAAAGCUACAUUGUUUUUUU